AUGGCGAUCCUCAUUACAGCGCUUGGCAGUGCCGGCCGACCAUCGCUGCUCUGGCUGCUGAUCGUUUGCCUGCUCAAUGACACCGUCAGUGGUAAUGUGGCCACCGGGAGGCAGGAAGUCGAGAGUGCCGUGCAAAUUCAAACACAGAAAAACAAUCCGUUCAUCGAAUGGCUUGCCGGGCUGAUCGGCAGUCCGGCCCCGCCGCCAACGGAGCCACUUACGCCGCCCGAGUCGUGCCCGUCUUGUAAGUGUGGCCGGACCAACCGUUUGACGCGAAUCGUUGGCGGUAUGGAAACGAAAGUCAACCAGUACCCGUGGAUGGCGCUGCUAAAGUACGGCGGUACGUUCUACUGUGGCGGAUCACUGAUCAGCGAUCGACACGUCCUGACGGCAGCCCACUGUGUGCACGGCUUCAAUUCCGAAAAGAUCACCGUGGUGAUGAUGGAGCACGACCGUGUCCUGACGACGGAAUCGAAGUUGCUGACGGCCAAAGUGAAGCGAGUGAUCGAGCACAGCGGGUACAACUCGAACAACUACAACAGCGACAUCGCCAUCCUGCUGCUGGGCAGUGUGAUGGAAAUCGACGACCGGCUGUGUCCGGUGUGUCUGCCCACGAAGAAAAAGCCUUUCUCCGGCUAUGACGGUAUCGUCACGGGAUGGGGGGCCACGUCGGAAAAUGGACCCAUCUCCACCAACCUGCAGGAGGUCACGGUACCGAUCAUGUCGAACGCCGAAUGCCGCAAAACGGGCUACGGACCGACGCGGAUCACCGACAACAUGAUGUGCGCCGGGUACAGCGAGGGCAAGAAGGACUCGUGCCAGGGUGACAGCGGUGGCCCACUGCACGUGAUAAAGCAAAACAGCACCGACAACAUCCAUCAGAUCGCCGGCAUCGUGUCGUGGGGCGAGGGCUGCGCCAAGCCCAACUACCCCGGGGUCUACACGAGGGUGAACCGCUUCGGGUCGUGGAUCCGCAACAACACCGUCGAUGGGUGCUACUGCGACGAAGACUAUUGUAAGAUGCUUUGCGGUGUGACCCAGAACAGCACCUUCGAACAGCAGCCACGCAUUGUGGGAGGACAGGACGUUUCGCCGACAAACAAGUACUCCUGGACGGCACUGCUGCAGUACUACGGACAGAACCAGGGAUCCGGAACGCUGAUCAACGAUCGCACCGUCAUUAGCUUGGCCACCAUCAUCUCGGGCAUGGUAGUCUCCAUCCAGAUCGCCGUGAUUUUCGAUGCCUUCGAUGCCAGUGCCACUACCGAGCCCACGAGACGCUCGUUUGCGGUGGCCAGAGCACGGGUGCAUCCCCAGUUCACGGCGCAGAACCCUUUCCGCCACAACAUUGGCUUACUGCAGCUGGUCGUCCCGGUCACGAUCAGCCCCAGCUUUAUGCCCAUCUGCUUGCCCAACAAUUAUGACAGCUUUGCCGGUACCGAAGCGGUCCUGGCAGGCUGGGGAGCCAGCGAUCAGGGUGGUACUCCGUGGCAAGCGCUCCGUGAAACGACGAUCCCGCUCUACUCCGUCGACGAGUGCCAACUUGCGUACCCCAACGCGACCGAGGACAACAUUUGCGGUGGUGUGUUCUACCCGGCCCCGACGGACCAACAUAAAACACUGUGCGAUGGAGACGGAGGCGCUGGCCUAAUGUACCCGUCGAAGGUCGAUCAAUCACUGAAGGCCUUGAUAGGCAUUGCUUUGGAGGCUCCUGAUGGCGGGUGUGGCGCAACCAACGAACCUGCACUGUUUAUUAAAUUUUACAAAUACGUUUCUUGGGCCCAAAGGCAAAGCCCAGGAUGUUACUGCUAG